UCAACCAAAAUUUCUAUCCUGGUAACAACUUGUCCUCAGCAACUGCAGUGAGUGUCGUCUUCCUGUGCGGACGAGGGCGAUCAUGACCUAGACCCAGACGAGCAAUAUGAGGAGGCCAUGCGACUGAUGGGCCACGCACCGCUGCCGCCUGACGUUGCGCCGCAUGUUCUGAUCAACAACAAUUCAUCUGCUUCUACUGCGACCACUGAAGAUGCUGUUGAGAGUAGUGUCAUGGCAUUUGCAAGACCACCAGCACAGGAAGGAACACUCCCGGGAGCUGCAUUCAGCACGACGACUUCAGGAUCGAUGACUAGAGUGAACGCUCUUUCGAGCAGUCCGGCGGUUGACGCAAAUUUUAUCGCGCCGUCCCCGUUGGCGCAACCAGGUGUGGCCCGCUCCGCCAACAAUCAAGAGUACUACCACCAGGCUGCGAUUUCUGCGUUUGAAAGGGGAUAUCAACAGGCAGCAGAGUAUGAAAUGAGAACUACACAGCAAAUUUAGCCGCGUAUAUUGUACUUCUGCACGACCUUGACGUAUAUCAACUGGUCUCGAUAAACUACAGGGAUUCCCUUUAGCCUCAACACAACUUGCAUGCUUGUUCAGUUCUGUGGGGAAGUCUUUAUAAGUAAACAAUUCACGUGCUCUGCAUUUGUUCAUGCGUCGUGUUGCACAAGCUGAUGUACGGUGGCAGAUUUGUAUUGCAUAAACAGCAGGCGAUGAUGCUCGCGGCUGGACAAAACAAGGACGGACAAAAUAUAAACCAGCAGCAAAAUGCAUCAACUUUCGUCAACGCAGCAUCUUCUUCCGGACCUUCCUCUUCUUCCCCGGGUCUUGCAAUCAUGAAUCAGCAGCAAUUGUAUUGCGGCGCUAGUAGCACUACUUCUAACUACGGCACGUCCGCGUACCCCACCAGCAUGAACAACAAGAACGGCGGAGCAUCUUCUAGCGGAGAAAGCUUUGCGUACGCGGGCGAACAAAUAAACCAUGGUGCCGGACGACUAUCAGGAGCAGAAGCAGUGCACGAAAAAACUCAAGGCAAUAUUAGCACGACCUCUUCGCCCAGUAAUAGCGACUGGAUGAUGUAUAGUGCAGGGUUAUACAGCUGCAAUGGUUUCAGUGUUCAGGAGAACCGAAAGCCUGCGUGCUGCUUUGCAGCAUUGUGUUCCGAUUUACGUGUAAACUGUAAACUUACUACGACCACACAAAUCUCCAAGUUUUGGUUGCUGUGAAUGACAAGUUUCCCUCUGCAGUACACUUUUGGUUGGCAAGGGAAGCCGCAUGAGAAAGCCAUUUAUUUGUCAUUCUGUUUACAGCAUUACAAAUUCCAAAACACGAUUGGCAAUGCCUCUCGUGGAGCUGCGCAUUACAACAAAUCGAUUCCUGUCAUUGCGCAUGUGCAUGACAACUCUGGGCAGGUGGGGACGUUUUUACCCAGGAUAUAUCGGGGAGCAACAUUCAACCGAGGCCGAGGCCUCCAUCAACGAUCACCCGCUCUUGGUUUUCAAGCAGCCACUGAAAAAAGUCCAUGUCAUAUCCAAGAAAAAAAAACAUUGUAGGAGUCGAGUGAUUACAACGUCGAGCAAGGUGGAGGUCAUGGUCAACAUCAUGCUGCUGGUGAUCACCACCACCAACAAGGUCGAGCGAGCACGAGUACUGGUCUUCAACCGCGAUUACACAACCCCGCCGACACAGCGCCGCGCAGGGACCACACGAGGAAUAGCGGUACUGGUCUUGUACCGCGCCUCUGGACCGAGACGCGCAUGGCUGCGCGCACCAGCGAGGACCACCUAAAAGCCGAAUUUGGAGAUUUCUACAUCAUGCAGCUGGCUGACUUACUGGAAAAGGGUGGCGAAUGUGUGGCACGGUCCGCAGCGGGAGCCGUGAUGAAGCUCGGCUUGGGGGGCUUGGACGCGAAUAUUGUCACUGCCUACGCGCUAUGCAUUGCAAAUAUGUCUGGGUCUGGAAGGGUCCCAACUUGUCAUGUUGUCUUUAGAUUCUAAAAAAAAUUGUAUAGCAUGAUGAAGAGCAAGAGGAAGAGGACUCCAGCUGUUGCCAUACGGACGAGACGGCAUUUCUCAUGCGGAAUAGGCAUCAGGAAGCCGUCAAAAAACCUGUGAUGCUAGGGCAUGCAUCACAGACAUCAUGGGUCAGGCAAAAUGUGCAAGACAAACGCUCCACUCUUCCAGACCCAGACGUAUUUGCAGUUGAUACGCGCGAAUAAUUGGGGCAGAAUUGGGCUUAACGGCGACAGAGGCUUUCGUCAAAGUCUUCUGGGGCUUGCUCUGUGCCAAAAUGCACCGCCAUGAGUGUCUCAAACACCUAAACAAUUUGCACCACGACCACAAGAAGCCCCUAAUGGACGUGCUCAAAAAACUGCUGAAGGGCGAGAAGCUGACCGACGAAGACACGAAGAAACUCGACCACGUUCACAAGACUGCGCUCCAGGACGCGGCUUUGUCAUCCAUUGGCGGACUCGUCGCAAAAGAAAUCGUUGAGGCGGAGGGUCUAUCAAAUGCAAAAAUGUGUGGGUCUGGAAGAAUGCAAGUUUGUUAUGCUUGUCUGGCAUGACUCGAGAAUCAAUCUGCGUUGCCUAGGAACGAAAAGGCCCUCUUACCUGUCAUACAAAAACGCAGUUUUGCCAUUCGGAAUGCGUAUAGACAUGGCAGCCAAGAAAUUUGUAAUGCAUAGCUGCGUAUUGCAGUGCGUCAGUCAUUCACUCUUAGCAUUACAAGUUUCCAGACCCAGACAUAUUUGCAAUCCAUAGGAUCUGGCAGAGGAAACGUAUAAAUUACUAGUGAAAUUCGUACACCACAUGGUCGGGGACGGGGAGCAUAAGCAUUCCUUCCUGCAGCACAUGGUGCACGAGAACAAACACACGCACAUGGGGGAAACAUUUCAAAUGUUUAAGCUAUUCAUGCACAGCACUACCGUCGAGAAGUUCGUCGAGACAGCUCUGAAGAAGAUGAAAGACGCCAUGGCUUUUUGCUGUACUGGACGCGGCCGCAGGUCCACCAGCUAAGGCACGUUAUUACAGCACACGAGGUACAUCAGAUAAUUUUCAUUUAGGCCUCGAUUUAGGGUGUGAAAAACAAGAAGACCUAGUACAGUAGUACUAGUUUACUAGAAGAAGUCUUUGUGGUGCAGGUAGUACUUCUCAUGAUGAUCAGCGAUGCUUGGAGCACCCUGCGACAAGAUCGAAGCUCACACUCUUACUGGAAGACAAAUUUUACUACUUACAGUUUUUGUUUCCACGCAUUCAUCUAGUACUAGGCUUCAUCUCCUAUCAUUCGCAUUUUUACUCUCCCUCACUCGUAUUUGGAUUUCAACUCAUUUGUCAUUUCGCUUACUAGGCUUAGAAAUAGAAUUGAGCGCAGCAAGACGCGUAGACAGCUAGAUCAUUCAUUUCAUCUCAAAAAGUUCUCAGGUACCCAGACAAGAGCGCCGGCCGAUAGCAGUCUUUGUUUCAAAACUUUCAAAAUUUUCUUUUCCAAUUCCGAAAAUUCAAAGUCGCAAAAAUUCCUGAUGCUAAACUAGAUAGAGCAGAUGACUCAAGAUCAGCAGCAAGGAUCAACAAAACUUGCUUGGCUUUCAGCUUGCGAAGAUGAAUCGGAAGCGCCUAGAAUCUUAGGGAUUUAGGGCUUUGGAAAUUCUUGCAGUCGAUGAAAGCAGGCAAAAGGGCAGCGAUAGCGACAGCAAAGCAACCGCAAAAAUAGCGAAAGGCUUCGAACUGUUUGGAUCAGCUAGGUGAAGCGCAUGGCUAGCGUGCAAAGCCCCAGGGCUUAGGCCUGCACGUAUCUGGAAACGCGGCCUGAUCCCGAGUCGAGUGAUUACAACGUCGAGCAAGGAGGUCAACAUCAUGCUGAAAAGGGAAAUCACGACUAUGCCCGAGUUUCCGAAAGAAAUGAGGGAUGACUACGUGGAGGAAGAGAGCCAAGAUUUUUGUUUUGAGGAUCAGGAAGACGGGGGAGGUGUAAUUCUUGGCGACAGUAUUCUUGCAAGCACUUCCAGCAGCAUCGCAGGCGAUACUAGCAUGAUCACCGGUGAAGAGCUAAAUACAACAGGCCAGCAGGCCGAAGCGCACCAGGCCAGAGCCACAACCGACACAACCAUGACUACAGAUAGUACUAAACCCGUUCGAGAUAAUGAUAAGAUCAAACUCUUCCCGCAACCAAACUCCAAGUACUCUCACUCGCAACGACUCCGGCAGAACCGAAGAGCAGCGAACAAUAUGCAUUCAGCAAAAGCAUCGUAAUCGUACUUCUAAUUACAGAUAUGCGUGACAAACCUCCUCCUUGUACCUGAAACAGCAACACAAAUCAUAUUUGCCACGCUAAGCAGGAGCUACUACUUUGUAUUUCAAUUACCACUAGAAGUGCGAUGCUUCUCCACUGCAUAAACAAACGCCCCGACGCCUACGAGUCCUUUGAAUUGAAGGAGAAGCUUUACUACCCCAUGUAGAUCUGCAGAAAACCAAAUCUGCAUGAAUUGAAGGAGAAGUCGAUCUGCAGAAAACCAAAUCUGAGAAGGAACGAGACGACUGGCGAGAGGCUAUUGAGAAAUGGCGGAAUGUUGGUAGUGCAACUACUUGCGCCGGCGAGGACGAGGAGAAGAAAAAUCAAAACCAAAAGCCUCCCACGUUACCACUCCAUUUGACUGCCGUUACCGCCGGAAAUAGUAGUACUGCAGCUGCGAAGAUGUUGGGGACACCAAAGCAGGGAGGUGGUCUGAUGUUGCAAGAGUCGACGUACAACACGUACUGGAGCAAUAAUGAUUUCAACCAAAAUUUCUAUCCUGGUAACAACUUGUCCUCAGCAACUGCAGUGUCGUCUUCCUGUGCGGACGAGGGCGAUCAUGACCUAGACCCAGACGAGCAAUAUGAGGAGGCCAUGCGACUGAUGGGCCACGCAAGUCUUUGUGGUGCAGGUAGUACUUCUCCCAUCAUCACACCCAUACGGUGUUUGUUUGUUUGUAGUUGAAGGUCAUGUGGAACCGUUUGGAAAUUUGUGUUUCCCCUCACAUGAUUAGCGCUAUUUCAAGAAAAAGGACAACUUGGCAGAGCUGCUUUGGCCUCUGCCUCAGAAAAAGGAGCUGUUGCUUGGAGCGAGAGCUUAACUUGAUAACCUGCUGUAAAACUGAAAAAGUUAGAAGUGUCGAAAGCUAAAAGUCUGUUGCUGCAAGUAAAAAGUUGCUGUUGAAAAGUUAAAAAGUGCGUCGUAAGUCAAAAACGAGUUUUUCAGAAAAGUUGACUCCGAGGAAAGAAAGCCUUAAUCUACAGUCUUUUUGUUGUCAAAAGCUACCUGGUUUUCUAAAAGUUGCUGCCUGUCCGAAAAAGUUAAAACGUCUGCUUGGGUUGUUUAAAAAAGUGAUCCGCUACCUUGUAGGAACUGUUUUUUUUUUUGUGUGUUUCUGUACUUUUUGUUGCUUUCCACCUCUUGCUUUUCUUACGCUGCAGUGCCUCGCGGGCCUGUCUUACGCUUACUAGCUUUCCUGAAGUUGAAAGUGAGUUUUUACUGCUUGCUGAAAAAAAAAAAAAUUUGAAACGUGAGUUUUUACUGCUUGCCGAAAAAGAAGAGCUGACUUCUAUUGGGCUUCGACGUAGCACUGUACUGCUUUGCGACCUUUGCGCGCCUCCAGGAUAACCUCUAUCACCCCGCGCGGUAGCCAGUCCAUCGGUGUGCUUGGUGGCUGUCCACCUCGUCAGACCACCGGUGUGCCAAAGGGGUCAAUCCGCCUGAAAAUCACUACUGCCCGCGGCCCGAUCAGGGUUGCCGGCCCUGAACGACUAUGCGGCCGGGUGUAGAUCCCUGUCCUUUCUCGGUAGAUACUCCUUUUGGUGGUGGCGUCGUGCAGGUGGGUUAGGUAUGUGGCUGCGUGCUUGCUCGCCGCGCCAGGGGGUAUUUUUUCCGUCCUCCCCUUUUUGGUGUCGUUGCCUGAUAUCACCACGUCCUUAGCCCUAGUCAGGUUGCCGACCCGACUAGACUAUGUCGGCAAGGCGUAGGUCACUCGUCGUAGGCUUUGUAGUUGGAAGGCUGGUUUUUUGCGCCCCCUGUGGCGCGCGGGCUUUCUGUGGCGUGGUGUUUUCGUGCCUGGCCGCUACGCAGCGUAGUAGCUGCCGGGGUCGCUCGCCCACCAUAGGUGGCGGACUGCGGGGAAGGAUCCGAUCAACGGCGCCAGUAGUGUGUUGGCCUCCAGUAGCGCGCUGGCCGUUUGGUUGGGCUUUAGUUUACAGUCGUCGGUCGUUUCGACCCCCCACCACCUCAAAAACACGCUCGUAACCGGGCACGUCUCUACCACGUGCUUGGUUGCCGUUUUCCCACCGUUGCAGAGGACACAACUGAAGUCUUUGUGGUGCAGGUAGUACUUCUCCCAUCAUCACACCCAUACUUAGACGUUUUGCGAGCUCGAGCUGUGGAUGUCCGAAAUCGACGUUUUGACUUACGAGGUGGGGCCAGAGGGCGACAACCCCAUCUACCAAGCUUCGUCUGCUGGAAGCUGAUCGUUUGUCUUCAGAACUCUCUCUUAACUAGCUUAUUCAAACCGCCAUUUUUGACAUAACCAAAUAGCUAACACAAAAAUAAAUACAUUCGCAUUCGAGAAUUGAAAAGUAUUUUCUUACCUGAAAAUCAAAAUAAUUUUUUGUUCAGCUCCUGCAAAAUUUUGAAAAUUUGAAUUUUGUGAUUGUGAUGGUGUUUUUUUCUUCGAUAUUUUAAGUACAGACAUACAAUCUUUUACUUUUUUAGCAGGAAAAACAAAACUUGUAAAUGAAUGCGGACUUGUUCUUACCUUAGGAAGCAAUGGAUACCUACGUCAUUAUCAUGCAGAGCUGCAAUUAGUACGACGAGUGCGAUUUGCUUUUGCAGUGGAUGCGUCUCCUGUAGCGGCAAUGUCACCGACAUCUCCACCCCGUCCUUCGUCGUUCCCCCGUGGAAAAUACUGGUCCAGCACAGUUUGAGGCUGCAAGGGCUGGUGGACAAUCUGGAUGCGUUCGUCCACACGGAGAUCGGAAAAAGUAACCUGGACCAGCAAAGCGAGACGCUGGCGUUGUUACUUCCGGAGAGAUGGGGCCUGACCGCGUACGAUGCCGAUCUAGCGCUGCGCACGCGACGAGUGACCGGGCGCUGGGCCCCAUUUUUGAAAAACCUUUACUGCCCACCUGGUCGGUUGCAAGCGUUCCAAGACCGCGAUCGCAAUCAGGACUUGUUGCUGGACAAGGCGGAGCAGGUCGAGUGGGGGUGCCCCGUUUCGGCGGACACCAACAAGGAUGGGUUUCUGGACGGUAUCGAAUGGGGGAAGCACUGCGACCGGGAAAACGAAAUAAAGGGAAGUGGGCCAGCGAAGGACCACGACGUUGCUGCAACUAUACCGGGAAGUUCUAUUGCUUCACAGGCUACACCAAAUACCACUGCUACACGCGGGAGCCGUCGUGAUUAUGAUGUGAACUACGACGAGAACACCGACAGCGGUUUAUCCUGAAGAAAAACAUGCCCACCCCAUAGGUGUCAUGCAAAUCCGCAAGCCUAAAAUCAAAUGUCUCUCAUGAUGAUGAUCAUGAUGAUGAUGCGCAGCCCCAUGACAGCCAUUUGCUAUCUAAUGCUACCGCGGAGUUUCUUGUAAUGCUGGAAUCAGGAUAAGAUAGUCAAUUUGUCUUCAUGCUUUUGCACUAGCUAAACUAACUAUUAGACUACAAGCCCAAGCUUGUCAUGUUCGGCAGCUGAAACUUGGAGAUUUGUAUUGCAGAUUUGCCAGCAACUUGACUAUAGGGUGGGGACGUUGUUGCUCAGGAUACGGCCUGCUGGACGCCAUCACUCGAUUCGCGUUUGGGUUGGACGACAGUUUUAUGCAUUGCAAAUAUGUCUGGGUCUAAAAGGAUGCGAACUUGUGAUGCACGUUGCGGCGGGAUUAUACAAAAAUCUGUGUUGCGUGACUUGCAAAAGGUGCUCACUUCUGGUCAUGCUGAGAGGGCAUCUCUCAUGCAGAACUGGCAUCACAAAGGGGCUGCAGAUCCUGUGACGCUAAGCCCUGCAUUCCAAACGAAACUUGGCGGGGCCGCUUGGAAAAACUGCAUGACAAAUCUCAGAGUCUUCCAGACCCAGACAUAUUUGCACUGGAUAAGUUUCCACGGGAAGCUGGCCGACUUUCUCCCACGGUCGAGCGAUGCUAGUAGUCUGACCGGUAAAAAUUUGCGAAUGAUGAUCCGCUAUGCAUUGCAAAAGUAUAAUCGCACUAGCAUACAAUGCAUUACGAAUAAUUGGCUUCGCAUUGUUGAUUUACAAAAAAUAUACAUUUGUCGUGUGGAUUCGCCUUAAAAAGGAAAAUUGUAUAAAAGCACUGAAUUAGUACGAGUGCGAUGCUUUUGCACUGAAUAUCUGCGACAUUUCCGUGCGAGGCAACAACCAAGACGCCCUGCGGAGCCUGCGGUGGCAGGGUGGAUUUUUACGGCGGCACUUCCUGCGUGAGUACCAAAUAACACCCCACGGCAUGCGGAUCGCGCUUCAAAUGUGGGACCGUACGCGGUCGUGCUCGUGGCGCAGCUUUCUGGUCCUCUACUAUCAGAAGGGAAGAUGAUCCCCCCUCCCCAUAUCAAAAGGAAGUUUCUGAUGCUGGAUUUGCGUACACAAAUCAGAUUUGUCUUGCAGAAAGUGCUUGGCGGGAUUUUCUUGGCCGUUUUGCGUAUGCAGAAGGCUAGCAAUUACGCAUGGCAAUAAACAGAUUUCAUCUUCUUGUAGUAGUCGAAAGCGCGCGACAGACUGGCUGUCGAAUGCGCCACAUGGCUCCUAUGAUUACUUACCCUAUAGGCAAGACAAACAUGAUCUGUGGCCACAAAUCAGCAUCAGAAGUUUCCACUUUAACAUGGGGACGAGGGGGGAUUUUUCAUGUUGAUGUCUACGCAACGGGCCUGCUCCCAGCGUUCGAGCUCCUGGACGCCAACGGGAACCUCCUUCUGGACAAGGCAGAGAUCGUAUGACGACUGUGCACAACUCCCCCUCCCCCGCGUGUGUCAUCCAAAAUACAAAAUCCACCCUCUGCCUGUUGGCACUUCCUCGCCCACCCCCCGGGGAGGGGAUCCUUGACCUGUGGCGCUGGCUGCGGGUGUCCACUACAUGAUGAUGAUGGCACUUUUGGCAGCCCAAACAGCACGUACUAUCCUGGGCGAAUUUGUCAUGCAAAUAAGUAGUAGCCCCGCAUUGAUUCUUUUUCUACUUGCCGAAGUUUGUAUUGCUGUUUGUCGUGAUGUGAUACAUGAUCCGAGAGGGAACACGAGGGGGGGAGGUACUUACACUCUGAUAGAUGGAGGCGAGGAGCGGAUCCGGAUCCCCCUGCCAGAACUUGCUGCGGGCAGAAGUUUUCCGCAGCGGCCAGGCAGAUGCGCUGGAUUGGCUCGAGUAC